CUCUCUUUCAAUGGCCACGCGCUGCCUAUCUUUUCUCUCUCUCCAAAUUUCUUCUGUAUUUAUUGCGCUGCGCAAUAAAGAGGGUUGAAGAUGAAGGCAAGCAGCACUGAAUGAGCAGGCACAGCCUAUCCAGUUAAUUUCAAUGUGGUGAUGCAUGUAUAUAUGUCUGUAUGUAUGUAUGGAUGCAGAUGCGUAGGCGUGUGUCUGAGUGUUUGAGGUUCUGGGGAUUUUGAGGUUUCAAUUCGGAGGCGAAUUCUCUGUGUUUUGAUCGGCGUGUGUGUGAGUGUAGUCUGGUAUUUUUUUGUGAGAUUCAGACAGGCAUGGCGACAGCUGCGGGGAAGAAGACGGUGUGCGUUAUGGAUGCAUCGGGAAGGCUAGGGUCUGCUCUCGUUGACCGACUUUUACUCGACGGUUACAUCGUUCACGCCGCGCUUCACUCUCGCCAUGAUUUGGAGCGUUACAAAGGAGAGUGGAGCGAAAAUGACAGCCUGAGGGUGUUCCAUUCAGAUCCAUUGGAUUAUCACAGCAUCACGGACGCACUCAGGGGAUGUUGUGCCUUGUUUUACUCUUUUGAGCUUCCUUCCGAUCAUCCUACUUACGAUGAGUUGAUAGGUGAAUUGGAAGUAAGAGCAGCACACAAUGUGCUGGAAGCAUGUGCUCAAACAGAAAGCAUCGACAAGGUUGUCUUUACGUCGUCGGCCACAGCUGUCAUCUGGAGGGAUUGCCAGCGCAGUGAUGCCCCACCAACACCAUCUGAUUCUCGUAUGGACGAACGGAACUGGAGCGACAUUAACUUCUGUAAAAAGCUCAAGUUGUGGCACGGUGUGUCGAAGACCAUGGCGGAGAGGACAGCUUGGGCACUGGCAAUGGACAGAGGUGUGAACAUGGUGUCCAUCAAUGGAGGGCUGUUGAUGUGUCAAGAUCUGAGCAUUAAAGACCCCUACUUGUUGGGCGCCGCCGAAAUGUUUAAAGAUGGAGUUUUCGUGACAGUAGAUCUCAAGUUCUUGGUAGAUGCUCACAUCUGUGUGUUUGAGGACCCAUCUUCCUAUGGCCGAUACCUCUGCUUCAACCGCACAAUCAGCUGCACGAGGGACGUCCAGAAGUUAGCCUCGAGGCUCUUACCUCCACCAUCAACAGCAGCCAUCUCGGAAGACGACAGAGUCUACCAGCAGAGGAUUAGCAAUCACAAACUGAACAAGCUUAUGGUGGAUUACUACGGCGGAGCAGCUGCUGACCAGUGAGGUUGAUUGCUGAUCUUAGUCUCGAUAUAAUUGAAGUGCAGGUACAUGGGCAGAGGAGUGUUUCAAGAAUCAUCAACCUUCUGAUGUCCCUGCAACUCAGUCUAAUGUAUCUUUUGUUUGUAUACUUCCUGCAGUGCACAGUCGAUGUUAAUGGUAAAGAAGAAAUGUUUCUUCAUUAGUAGUAUAUACGUAUUAUUAUAAUUUGUGAAUUACUUACUACAUCAUUUUAUAGUGAAUUUUGCCAAAAUGGCAGAACAGGACAGGACAGGAAUAGAAUAGUGGAAGGAAAUGGGUUGGCACAAGGCGACGUCAUGUGUUACUUACUGUUUUAUGUGAUAAAAUAAGCUUAAUCACAGCACAAAAAUGCAGUCUGCAGUAGUGUAGUGUGUCUGUCUGACCUGAGUUGGGUGUAAAUUUGGCACAAUUCUUUUUAUCCCACAAUCGAUCAAAUCA